UGCGCCGGCUUGUUUUGUUGUGAUUGCGUUGUGCUGUACUAGAGAAACCCUUUAAUUCGUAAAUAUUUGUAAGAAGUGAAGCAAAGUGUCGUGAUGUAUUGUGUAGCAUAAUUGUAACUUAUUAUUUUGUCCGUCAUGUCUGAUAGCGAUGUUGAUUUGUUGCCAAAUAAUAUGUAUACUUUUCAAAAUGAAAGCACGACUGUGUCUGCCAGGGGCCCUAACAUAAAUGCCUCUAAUCUCACUGGCGUGAGUUUUCGUAACAACAUAAUGACUUCAACCAUGAAUAUGCCACGUAAUUUUGAGAGACAAAGGUAUAUGGAGCGAAGUCAUCACAGAAGUAUGUACUACAGUCAGCCAGCAGCUCCUGCCUCACCCCCAAUGUCUCUAAGAAGUGAAUCAAGCUUCAGACCAAGGAAUUAUCAGCACAUGUACUAUCCACAUGCUAUGAGCUCCCAAAGGUCCAUGGUAAAUGGUAGGAGUGGAUCUCCAAUGUCGGUGAGGAGCAUAGAUUCCAAUGCUACUGUCAGUGCAGCAGACAUUGCAAUGGCUUUCAAAAGUAUGAACUUUAACAAGUAUGACUUGAGAGUAAUUAAAGAUGCAUACAACCAGUUCAUGAAGAAAAGAAUGCGCAGAAAAAUUGAAAAGAGAAGAAAUCUUCGCCUUUUUCUAAAGGGUCAGCGACGUAAAUCUGGCUAUGAUUCAGGGGAACUAGGAAGUGAUUCUUCCAUUAGUAGUGACGACUGCAGGUCUACAAGGACAUCUGUAUAUAAAGAUAACAUUUCCACAUGCAGAUCAACUAAGACUAAUUACUCGACCAGGACUAAUUACCAAGACUUUAGAAGAACCAUAAAAGAGGGGGACCUUUACAAAGACUGCACUGAAAAUAUUAGACAAAACACAUUUAAAAAUAUGUUAGGUGUAGCACCGAGAAAUGCAACUACUCAUUCACAAAGUACUGUACAAAAUGAGCCACUAUUAUCUCAAAAAGAUCGUUUUAAAUCUGGAUUUUUACUACCAUCACAAAGAUUCAACCAAUCUGUGGCUUCAGUACCUAUUCAAGAAAAGCAAAGCAAAAUACGAAAUUUGCCAUUAAACCAAAGACAUAUGGAAUCUGGUCACACAGGUGAUAACAGUGAAAUAGAAAGUGAUCAAGAGGAAAUAUUUUCAGAAAUUACCAUAAGAGAAAACACUGUUAAUAAUGCAGAUACCCAUAGGACACAGAACAUAGAUCCAAGAAAGCGAUGUCUCGAUAUUGAUGAAGUCCAGUCACAUAACAAAAAAAGUAAGUUGUCUUCCCCACCAAAGAAAAAUAAAACUGACAUGCUACAGCGAGUUGAAAAUGCUGGUUCAAAUAAAAACUGUAAUGAAUUUCAAUUUCUCAAGCCACAAUUUCCAAUCAAAAAGUCUGGGAAUGUAAAAGUUAAAGAGACAUUGUUAGCAAAAUCAACUGCACCACUCCCUGAUAUAGGUACAGACAAUGUGCCACCUAAGCCACAAUUGGCUCAGCUUCCACCUGAUGACAAUGAUGAAAAUAAGCAAAAUGAAAUAAAUGAACAGCAAUCUGAUUUAACCCAGCAGUCUACUAGUGACAUGUCAAUGAGACCUAGUUUUAUUAAAAGGAAGCUUUAUACACAAAAAUUAGAUUUAUUGGAAAGCAAAAAUCUAAGCAAUGACAACCUUGCAAAUAGUCCUCAAAAUGUGUACUCUGCUAUACAGAAGGAGAAAAAUAAAGCAAGAAAAUUGGUAACCAACCAGUCUUGUCUUAGUAGAGAUGUGCGGGAAGACAAUAAUCUCUUGGACUUAAUACAUAAAAUUGUACCACGAGACCGCAUGAAUGUUACUAGUGUUACAAAUAAGAGCGAAGUUGCCAAUAACCCUGUUAAAAAUAAGUCUGAGGAUGAUAAAUGGGAUGUGACUUCAGUUAUUAAUAUGGAUAAUAAUGACGACGUAAGUGAUACAUAUACUGAUGAAGAGAUAUUUAAUAAUGAAAUUUCAAAUAAACAUUUGAACAUUACUGAAAAUAAUACAAAGAAAAAAAAUAUUGUUGAAGAAAAGAAAUCAGCAGAAAAUGAGCAGAAAUCAGUAUAUGAAAAGAAAGUUGCAAAUGAAAAGAAAAAAAUAGUAAAUGAAAAGAAACCAGCAAAUGAGUUGGAUUCAACAAAUUGUCAUAAAAUUUCAGCAAACGAAAAGAAAACUGCAAGAAGAAUGGAAUCAACAAAUGAAAACACAAAAUUAAAAGAAAAUCAUCAGAAAGAGAAUGAAAAAAAAGCUGUAAAUGGGAUGAAGACAAUAAAUGGAAAGAAAUCUACAAAUAGUAAUAACAUUGACUGCAAAAUUGUUGUUGAAAAAUUACCAUUAAGCAAACUUGCCAAAACAAUGUCAGUGGCUGAACAAUCAAAUUUAUUUAGAAGAGCAAAAGAUACAAAUAAAGGAAAUGGGUACAGCUAUGUGAAAUCAUUUUGGGAUACAGAUUUUGAGAGUGAUUUCGAAAGUGGCCCAAUACAAAACAGAGUUGAAGAAAAAGAAAAUAUAAACCAUGGUAAGUCAAUUAAAAAGACUACAAAUAAAGUAAAUAAAACACUUGAUACAACUCAAUCCCAAUUUGUAUGGAACAAACAAUCUAAACCCGCCGUCACCUUAAAAUCUCAUACAUUUUUAAGUCAAGCAAAGGCAGUUAAUAUAAACAAAAGUUUCACUAAGAGGACCUGUGAAAAUAACCAAGGAAAAAAUAGUAGUGAACGAAAAGAGAAGAUCGCAUAUAAACCUGCAGAAAAAUUAACAAAAGCCUUGUCUAAAAAAAUUGUUUUAGAUACAUAUAAUUCCACUGUAAGUGAUAACACUCAGAAUGAAACUGCCAUGAACAUUAACAAAAGUCGCACACGGCGGGCGAAGAAAAACGAAGCCAGUACAAAUAAAAAAAAUGAUGCAAAAUCUCAUGAAAAAAUCAAACAAACAACUGCAAAAUCAAGCUCUGACAAGUUCCAAGUUGAUGGAAAAAAUACCCCCAGAAGAUCUCCUCCAAAGAAGUUUAUGUGUUGCAAAGAGCCUUUGCAUGUUAAUAAAAACGGGAAAAAUGAAACUGAAUUAACCAAAAAUAAAACUGGUGUGGACAAUUAUAACUCAACAUUUGGUGACAAUACAUUGGAUGAAAUGAUUAAAAAUGGUAAUAGGACUCGUGCUUUGCGAGCUACAAGAAGAAAAAAUAUGGAAAAUUCUAUAUCAGAUAACUUUGAAAAAGAUGACAGUAAAAUGUUGAAUAUGACAUUAAGAUCAAGACAAUUAGAUAAUAACACAUCUACAGAGAACACAAGUAAAAAAAAGUCUCAAGUGCCUAAAAGAGCAGAUGUGAAAACAAGAAACACGUCCAAUAGUUCAAAAACCAAAGAUACCCAAAUAAGACAAAAAAAGAAAAAAGCAACUCCUGUCAAAGGCCAGAAAAUCAAUGAUCAGAAUUCAGGGAAAAGACAGUCACCUAGGAUAAACCAGGGGAAAUCGGCUGCCAUAACUCCUGUUCGUAAACGUUCAGUUAAAUGUAAAUAGAACCUCUUCACAAUAAAUUUUAAAUGCAUUUUAGAAUGCCACCAAAGAUUCAGGGCGAAAUUGGAAGGGAUGAAAUCGGGUGAGGCUGCAGGGGAUUGGACCGUUGCUCGCAUUUAUGAGCAGACAGAAGCUGUAGAGAGAGGUAGAGGUGUGUUAGUUCUAAACAAAUGUAUGGGAGUUAAAUUUAGGUGUUGCAGAAGAAGAACAAAAAGAAGAUAUAGUGACAGGUGUAGGACAGUGUGGGGAGGACGAAAGAUAGCAUUAGGUUAACCACACAAAUGUACAAGAAGAAUGUGAAUGAUAAUAUUUCAAAAGGAAGGCCAAAACGAACCUGCCUUGAUCACAUCGAGGACAUGGCGAAAGGUUAGGUCAAGAUUACCCAAACCGACGAACUUAUGAAUGUGGAUGAAGCAAAAGAAAUGUGCAGGUUUUGUGGCAAGUGGAAAAAUGUAGCCUCUGCCUACCCCUCUGGCUAAGUGAUUUGAAGUAUACCAAUAGGUAUUCGAGAAUGUAUGAAUCAAUCUAAUAAUGUCUUUGUAAUAUAUUUUGUACCUGGCGUACUAUGUAUUCACGGUGGGCCAUAUAGAAAUGUGUAUUUCUUUUCCGUGUGGCCGACUGUACUUAUUAAAUAUUCUGUUGUAACGGAUGAACAAUUCCAUACAAGCAUGCUACUAUAUUAUUUGGACUGAGUCUUGCGUUAUUUUCUGAUCGUGUCAUAAUAAUUCAAUUUGCUGUUAUUUUUUUCCUAAGAAAUCAUGAAAGCAAGUUGAACUUUGUGUAGAUAUUAAAGUUUUAUGUAUGUUUUAUAUUAUUUCGAGAUAAACACUUUGACAAUUAUUAGUAUAACAAAACAUUUUAUUAGAAGUCAAAUGAUAACAAUUUUUUGAAUAUUUUCCUCGAUUUUGCGUAUUUAGUAUGUGUGACAUCACUUCUAUUUUAACAUAUUGUUCUCAUCCAUUUUAGCAUUUGCUAGCAAGCUUAACCAUGAAUUAGUUUUUAAAUUAUUUGAAUACGAAUAUUAAGUAAUACUGUGAACAAAUCAUGUAUUACAAAAAAUAUUAUCUCUUAAGGUUUGGUUGUUUUAUAUAGCUGAUAAGGUUAAGGAGUUAUAUAAGGAUACAAAAAAUUGCAUAUGUUUAAAAUAAUACUUUUAAUUUACUAGUUUAGAUCGUAAAAAUUAACAUAUUACCGAAAUUCAUUAAUUAUGUUACAGUAUAAUAACAAAAAUAUGUAUCAGUAUUCACUUGUCUUGUAUAUUAUAAAUAUUUUCUCCAAACCAGAAAUAUUACAGUUCAAAGUGGUUUCACAUGUAGUAAACUUCUUUUGUAAUUACGUGCAAGUUCCCAUUUAAGUCUAAAAAUUGUAAUGAUCCAGAAAUACUUGUAUAAUAGCUAUCCCAUGAUUUUGUUUUAACAUACCGGAAGGAUUGUGGCCAGCGUACCUAUACGCGAACGUAGAAAAAGCAUAGAUACGUUUUAUAUUUAGUGUUUCGGUUUACACUAGAGAUAAACCCGUGCAGCGUGCCGCCCACUUCAUUCGACCUAGGUCUUACCGACUCGAACAAACUGGAUUGAACAUAUUGUGUACCUAAUUAAUGAGCGAAGUGCAGCGUGCCACCGACCGACGACAAGCGGUCAUGCUGCACGGGCCCUUUGCCUUCUCAACGUUCAUUAAUUAGCCAGCAGCAGAGCUAUCACCUAGAGAAAUUAGACAAAGGAUGGACAAGUCCACUGGACAAGUCUCACCAUAACCUACCCUCGUAACAAGGCCGACUAAAUUAAAUGUUUAUCGCCAGAAAAUCUAUUGCUGUCCCGUUUCACGUUAUAAUAAAAAAAGGGAAACGGCGUUAACUUUUCGCGCGAUAAAAGGCCGUAGAGCUAUAACACAGGUCAACAACCUCUUUGUCUGCGGUCGUAUGUCCAGUCAAGAUGAACGCUGGUACUGUUUCAAAUGUGUGCCUAUAUAGGUUUAUGAAAUGAUAAUAA